ACUUCCUUAACCAAAUCCGGUCGAGCCCUGCCAACAAAAUUACGAAAAUGCCCUCCCAAUCUCAUCACAGAGGAGAGAGCUUUCGCGAGAGGUGGGGGAGGAGGAUUAGUUUCGGUGGCGGAGAGUUGAGAUCAUCGGUGGUGAUGGCAUCAGCGGCGGCCGGAUCAAGCGCGGCGGUCCCGUUCUGGAGGGCCGCGGGCAUGACGUACAUAACCUACUCCAACAUCUGCGCGUCCCUGGUGCGGAGCUGCCUCAAGGAGCCCUACAAGACGGAGGCCGCCACCCGGGAGAAGGUCCACUUCGCCAUCUCCAAGUGGGCCGACGGCAAACCCGAGAAGCCCACCAUCCGUUCGGAUUCACCUGAAGAAUGAGAGCUGGCUGGCUGGGGCACCAAUGGCUUGAUCAUCACUAUGACAUUCUCUGUCUUGAUUUCUUGUGCACUUUCAUAAAGCUUUGAUAUGUAGUCUGAUGUGGCUGUUAAGUAAAUGCAAGAUUUUUCCAGCAUGCAAAGAAUAAAGUUUUUGAUGUUGGUAGAUGUCAAACCCAAUACUGUUUCGAUGGGUUCCUUAAUUUUAUAUGAUUUUAGUUUUCUAUUUAGAAUGCAACAUAUCUUCUGUUUUUAAGUAUUGCUUGAUUCCAAUAAAUGCAUGAUCUAUAUGCACGCAUUGUAAUACUGGAAUAAUUCAAGCCAUUCAUCA